AUGUUAUUUCCUUAUCAGGAAAUUAUAUACUUAUAUGAAAAUACUGAUUUUUCCAUUAUGAUCGAAUAUGAUAUGAUUCCUGGCAAGCCGAUCAACGCCCGGCAGUUUAAAAUGCUGAUGUGCUGGUUUAUCGGAUUAUUCGUCUUAUUUGAACGGUUGAAUGCUGUUGGCUGUUCUGAAGAAGUCGGUGUCGUGGAAACUUUACCGAGCUCCGACGAACUGAUCAGAGAUUUGCGAACAACGGGUUUUGUGUUUACUAGUGAUGAGUUUACUUUACUGGCCACCCCCUACACUUCUAAGAAAUCACAAGAAGCUGAUCCAACGCCGGGUACAAUUCUAAACACACCCCAAUAUGCGCUAACGUACUCAGGGUUUGAGAUCGAAUUCUAUUUGCCAAACUAUUCGAGUGAAACGAAGGCCAAUGACGCUUUGGAGUAUUUAAGAACAAUAGCCUUUAUUAAAGUCUCCUCCGCCCUUGUCGCCUAUACGGAAACUAAACCAGACUAUCACAAGAUCAAUAUGCAAAUCUUAUCUCGAGUUGUUAACAUGUUUGACUGCGAGGAACUGGUUAUUUAUCCUAAGGACGCUCAGGACAAGAGCGCACAAAAUCGUCUAGUCGAUUCGAGUGUCUGUUUGGCCGAAGCACUAAAUACAACAAAACAUGCUGAUUAUGACUCGGCAUGCGAGGUAUUCUUCUCAACUAUCGCACAUAUUCGUCUUUCCGACAUUAUACAUAGUGAUGUUGUUUUGCGGCGUCCAAUCACAAAGGUUACCUUAGCGGACAAUGAAUUCCAAAACACCCCAUACCUUACCCAGCUGCCUCUGAAAGAUAAUUACACUCUUGUAUUUGAGCAGUUGCCCAGUGUUGCUGUCAUUAACCUUGCCGUUCUUCAAAGACCUUCUCCUAGUUGUGACUGGAUCAUAUUUACGGAGAGCCAGAAUUCAGAUAUAACACUAAUUGGCCUUACAGAGGUCAUAGAUCGGCAUCCUGCACUAACUUUGGAUAUGUCUUGGGAUAUUCUUCGCCGCAUGGUUAAGACCAACAAACCAAUGAGCCGAGUCCAUGCAAUUUAUGGACUUACCAUCUCUCUACAGUCCCACCAAGAAACGCUUGAAUUCCUUCAAAACCAACCGCCAAUUGAGUCUAUAUUCACUGUUGACAUGGUUGUUUUAGAGGUUGCUAAUGAUAUGCCAUGCGACUCUUUUGGUUAUUACAAGCAAAUCUAUACCCGUGAAGCACUCUCUAAAUACGGCAUCUCAACCGACAAAAUCGAAAUAGUAUAUCUGGAGCGAGAUGAUUUCUUUGCUACUAUAAGCGCACUCUGUCGUAUCAAUGCUUUGUCGCUAACAAUACAAGAUGAAAUUCGGGAUAAUGAUAUCAAUUGCUGUGGUGAUAAACUGAACAAUCCCACCUGGAAACUUCAAGAGACUGUUAAAGUUAACAUUGCCAGGCGCUAUACAACUUACUGGCUCAAUGAUUACAAGCAAAAAUGCUCUACCUAUUUCUGUCAGCAUAUACACUACGCAACCCUCAUCCUUAUGGGGCAUAAAACUCCACACUCGAACCACGCCCAAUUAUGUAUUGGUUUUCUAAAUCUGCUCCAGAACAUCACGGGUAAAGAGCUCCACAUAUCAGAUCUUCGUGGUAGCAACCAAACAACUACCAACUUUGAUAUGGCUAGUCUAGAAGCUGAAUCUAUCAAAUCUCCAAAAUAUAAACUUAAUGUUGAUGUUUUGGUGUUGGACAACGUUGAUGAUAGCAUCAUCUAUUGGAUGCUUGGGCAUUAUGACAUUGCUAGUUCAGUAGAAGUCCGUAUUCUAAACCAGGGAUUCAGAAACCUUGCUAUUGCUCAGGUUCUCUCUUAUCCAAUUGGCCAGAAGGUAUCAACACUUGUGGUCAAUGAUCUCAGUGGGCUUGAUGAGAUUAAGCAGUACAUGUCACCACGCUCAACCCAAGACUUCUUGUUGUUCAACUACGUCGAGGCUGCCAAAGAAACCGGCCAAUCCACAGAGGAUAUUGGCCUAAACAAGCUAUUCUUACAACACCUGGAAGAUCUCGGUCCUGGUUUAAAUAGUAAUGUGUUGGGUAUGUUUGCAAGGUGUGGACUUCAGCCUACAAUUAUAACAUUUGAUGAUUAUAUUACCAGUGCAUUGACUCGCACCAACCAAUAUCUUCAUGUGAAAAGGACGGUCGUUAUCCUUUAUGACAUCACCUUAGAAUCCUUACAAACCGAUCUAGCUAAUUGUCAAACUACAAACAACAUCUUCACCAAUCCCUCACUAGAUACCAAGCACACUUUAAUCCAGAGAGAGUCUAUAAAGAAUCUGCUUCUAUGCUUCAGAGACAGCCAACCACUAACUGAAUCUGAUCUAGUAGAUAUUAUCCGCUGGGUGGCUUGUCGAUUUGAUAACGUGGUUGUCUUGCGACUGAGAAAUGUUACCCUAACAACCGAAGAGCGAGCAGUAAUAGCCUCGCGCAACUAUUGGAUUUGUGGUUUAGAUUCACUUGAACGUGUUAUAUUAGUGGACGAAAACUCAAACGGCACGCCUAUUAUGCUGGGACUCAACCAGUAUCAUAAGAGUUUACUAAUGAAUGUCGACAAUUCAACCACCGAGUUCACUGCAGUAGCAUCAGCAACGGUAUUCCGGCUCUUAACUUGCCUUGAUCAAGCUACUACACCUAUUGCCGAGCAAGCACGUGCCAAACCAUCUUUCAAAAUGAUCAUAGAUAAUAUUGAUGCCAACAAAACAAAGCCUCAUGAAAUUGUGUGUCCCGUAUGUCUCGAUAGUCUUUGUAUCGAUCCAAAAGACGAGAACGCAAAGACAGAAGACAAUAAGAAGCCAACGACAGAAGAUGAUAAGAAGUCAACGACAGAAGAUACAACAAGUAGUGGCAAACCUAAAUUUAACAGUGAAUGCCCUACAACAUUUUAUUAUCUCGAAUGUACACAUAUAGUCUGUGGCAAGUGCGUGAUUAAUUCCCAAUCGACCAAAAACCCAAUAAUCCAAUGCACACUCUGUCGAAAGAAUAUCUUUGAAGAUAUGCAUAGAUUGAUAGAUGUUCCUUUAUCUAGCUGUGUCUUUGCUGGCGACAACUCCUCAAUAUCUCCAGCUGCUUCUAAUUGGCUUAAUAGUAUGGCUUUUGGUGACAAGCAUAUCUACUUCUAUACUUCCUAUAAAAGCCUAGCCGACCUGCAAACAGACAUUGAGAACACACCCGCUUACAACGACUCCAACCCCAUCUAUAUUAUUUGA